GCAAUACGCGAGAAAAAACCUUUGAUUUGCAAGGCAUGACGAGAAAGAAAGUGAAGCUUGCCUAUAUUACCAAUGACUCGGCAAGGAAAGCCACCUUCAAGAAAAGAAAGAAGGGUUUAAUGAAAAAAGUGAGUGAACUUAGUACCCUUUGUGGUAUCGAUGCUUGUGCUAUUAUGUACAGUCCAUAUGAGUCCCAACCGGAGGUUUGGCCAUCGGCUAUGGGAGUCCAACGUGUGCUGUCCAAGUUCAAGAAGGUACCCGAGAUGGAACAAAGCAAAAAGAUGGUGAACCAAGAGAGUUUCCUAGCCCAGAGGAUCGCCAAAGCCAAUGAGCAGCUCAAGAAGCAGUGCAAGGAAAACCGGGAAAAGGAGAUGACACAUGUCAUGUUCCAGAACCUUAUUGGCAAAGCCGGUAUCCUUGGAUUAAACGUGGUGGACUUGAACGAUCUCGCUUGGUUGAUCGAUCAAAACUUGAAGGAGAUCGACAAAAGGGUCGAUGCACUUGCUAAAACAUCUCUUAAUCCUCAAGGCCAAGGGGGUUCAUCGUCGUCCGUGGCUGUGCCGCCUAUGGUAACGCCCGAAGUGGCUAUUACGGGGGACAUGGUGCAAGGGGAGGUGAACAACAUGGAUUGGAUGCAGAGGCAACAAUGGAUCAUGGAGCUGAUGAAUAAUAAUAAUAAUCCACAAACACAAACACAAACUCAUGUGGGAUUUAAUGGCGAAGAGACGGUAUUCCCAUUUGGGGAUAACAUUAAUCCUAACGUCAACAAUGGCCUUUGGUCCAAUGCUUUUUUCCCUUGGGAAAAAUAGAGUUUCAUUUCAAUUUUUAUUUGUUUGCUUCUGGUAUUGCCUUUUAUCAUUUUAUGUGAUCAGCAUACAUAUGUGAUAGUACUGCGUUUGCUGAUCUUGCUCACAGUCAUUUCCCUAAAUAAUGUUCCUUAGGAUUCAAACAUAUGAUUCUUGUUUUAACUUCACAUUUGUUAUAUUAUAUUAUAUUAUUCUCUUCAUUUGGAA